UUACGUGCGAAAACCAUUUUAGGCCCGAGGAUAUUGAGAUUUUUCAAUCUGAAAAGAUGCAGAAAAAGAAACCGAAGUUUGGUGCCUUGCCAACAGUAAACAUGCCGAAGCGUAGCUUCACAACACCAGUAAAUGUGCGUCCACCUCGAAGCGCAGUCAACGAAAUCCCAGAAGUGGCCCCUAAAAAAUGCUACAGUGACUUUAAAGAUCUAGUAAAACGAGUGAAAUCUUUGAAAAUUCUAAGUGAGUGGAUCUUAGAGGCAGCAAUCGAUCGAAUUGUAUUGACAAAGAAGAGUUCUCUGCUUGUGUUACCAAAGAUUCAGCUCACCAUCGAUGAUAGUCUUGGUUUUUCUGUGUCUGUGUUUGGAUGGUUUCUGCCAGAUGAUCAUGCGAUUCAUCUUGAAACCUUGCGAUCCGUUAUGAACAUCACAGUCUCUGAACUUAUCAAGAGAAUUGAUGUUCUCUUGAUUUGCCCUGGAGUGAGACCAUUUGAACUGUCAUCCGAUAUCGUACACCACAUUAUACCGAAGUCAGUGGAUCCGUUAUUCAGAGAUGAUUCUGAGAUAUUCCCACAGCUGGAAUAUUGGAGAACACGGGACUGUGAAGUUUUGGUGGAGCAUGGUGAGCAGUGCUGUGUUUGCUACAAAUACUCUCACAAGUCAGAGGUGGAUCAGAAAGCAAAGCAAAGAAAGCUUGCAAAGCCUGCUCAUUUGUUUGCUCCAGUCUCUCACACAACACCAGAGAGAAUAAAGCUAACCCUAAAAACACAGAGGCUUAAGUGUGCAGAACUAGAACGAAAGCUUGAAGAAAUGAAAUCAGAGAUAGAAAAGUCAAGUGUAGAAGUAGACAACCAGUUAAGCAAUGACAUUACAAGUAUAUUGGGGACAUCCAAUGAAAAUAUCACUCCAUUCAUGGAUCUGUUCUGGCAGCAGCAAAAGAAAUUGAUGACAAAGAGUAAAACUGGUGUCCGAUACCAUCCUAUGAUCAUUCGAUACUGCUUGUCACUUGCUACCAAGUCCCCAGCAUGCUAUGAAGAGCUCAGGAAAAGUAACAUCCUUGUACUGCCGAGCCAACGCACAUUGAAGGACUAUAGAAAUUGUAUACGACCCAAAGCUGGCAUUCAAGAGGAAGUACUUGAGGAGUUGAAUGUUCUUACAAACAGCUACUUCGAUGUGCAACGAUACAUUGUGCUCCUUUUUGACGAAAUGAAAAUUUUGUCAAAUCUGGUAUUUGACAAAGUAUCUGGGGAACUAACUGGUUUCCUUGACCUGGGAGAUCCUGAUAUAAACUUUGGAACACUUGAAAAAGCUGACAAGAUUGCAAGCCAUGCUAUGGUCUUUUAUAUCAGAGGUCUCUGUACUGAGUUGAAGUUCAGCUUAGCCUAUUUUGCCACCGAUGGGAUUACAUCUUAUCAGCUUAUGCCAUUGUUUUGGCAAGCAGUAUGUGUGCUUGAGUUAGCUUGUAAUCUUUGGGUGAUUGCAAGUACAUCAGAUGGAGCGUCACCCAACCGAGCAUUGUACAGAAUGCACAAAGCUCUUGAUGGUAAUGCUGGAACUGAUGUGUGCUAUCGCACUGUGAACCUCUAUGCACCCGACAGGUUCAUAUAUUUUUGUUCUGAUGCUCCCCAUCUCAUUAAGACUACAAGAAAUUGUGUCUACAGCUCUGGUCAUGGUACAUGUACUCGGUACAUGUGGAAUGAUGGCCACUAUAUCCUCUGGCAGCAUUUUAUCCAGCAUUUUAUACAGUUCCGCCAGUGGUGCAUCCCCCCGUCGUGUACCAGUUGCUCUUCGAGAGCAGAUCUAGAAUAA